UCUAUUAUAAUGGAAGUGACAUAAUAAAAUAAUAUAAAGAAAAGAAGUAUGUAAUGUUAAGAUUUAGUAAUCUAGUCUAAAAGGCACUCUUAAUGAGGUGAGGGUUGGCAAUGUUUGUGAUCAAGACAGAAACAAAAAUUCUCAUAGGCACUUGAAAAAUGGACCAACUAAAUGACCCACUUUCAAAGUCAACCUUGUACUUUUAACAGACCAGAGUAUCCUAUAUUUUGGAGGUGUGUGAUGAGAUUAAACUGAUUUCGCAAUAGCCCAUGUGUAGAAUUUCCUGUUCAAACCUUAGUAACACGUUGAUGAGAAAUCUACUUUUUCCACUCUUGACUCACUCUGAGCCUUCACAGGGCAAUCUGCGAAGAUUAUAGGCAUUGUUUGUUCUUGUCCUGGAUUUAUGCCUUUAAAUUUCACCUUUUAUUACCCAGCUAUAGCAGGCCUUUUUGUGAGACUAACCUGGCCUCUCCACUAAAGGAUGUGUGACUUUCUGGGGACAGAAGAGUACAGUCCCUGACAUCACACACUGCAGAGAUGGAUAACCAAGGAGUAAUCUACUCAGACUUGAAUCUGCCCCCAAACCCAAAGAGGCAGCAACAAAAACCUAAGGACAAUACAAGUUCCAUUUUAGUAACUGAACAGGAAAUAACCUAUGCGGAAUUAAACCUUCAAAAACCUUCUCAGGAUUUUCAAGGAAAUGACAAAACCUAUCACUGCAAAGAUUUACCGUCAGUUCCAGAGAAGUUCAUUGCUGGGAUCCUGGGAAUUAGCUGUCUUGUCUUCAUGGCCUCUGUGGUAACGAUAGUUGUUAUUCCCUCUACAUUAACACAGAAGCACAACAAUUCUUCCCUGAAUACAAGAACUCAGAAAGCACGUCACUGUGGCCAUUGUCCUGAGGAGUGGAUUACGUAUUCCAACAGUUGUUAUUAUAUUGGUAAGGAGAAAAGAACUUGGGGAGAGAGUGUGCAGGCCUGUGCUUCAAAGAACUCCAGUCUGCUUUCUAUAGAUAAUGAAGAAGAAAUGAAAUUUCUGACCGCCAUUUUAUCUUCCUCAUGGAUUGGUGUGUUUCGUAACAGCAGUCAUCAUCCAUGGGUGACAAUCAACGGUUUGACAUUCAAACAUGAGAUAAAAGAGUCAGAUCAUGCUGAACAUAACUGUGCAAUGCUACAUGCACGCGGACUUUCAUCAGACCAGUGUGGAUCUUCCAAAUAUAUCAUUGUAAGCAUAAGCUUUAGAAGUAAAGCGUUUGCAUUUGCAGUGCAUCAUAAAUUUUAUAUUUCUGAAAAUAGAAAUAAUAUUAUGAUUGCAUAAUCUUAAAUGAAUUAUGUGCUCUAAUAAGAAAAUUCUAAAUCAAUUAUUGAAGUAGGAUACACACAAUUACUAAAGUACAGAUAUCCUAGCAUUUGUGUCGGGCUCGUUUUGCGCAACACGAUAUUUGUGGUAUUCAGCCUUUCUAAAAGUUGCAUGUUAUAUGAGUCAGUUUAUAUGAAGUAUCAAGAACAAGCAAACCCAUGGAGACACAAAGUAGAAUAGUGGUUGCCAGUGCCUAAGGGAGGUGGAAAUAGGAGAUGAUCACUAAUUGCAGAAAGUUUCUUUGUGUCACGAUGAAAACUUUCUAAAUUUCAGUAGUGGUGACGGUUGUAACUCUGUGAAUAUACUAAACAUAGAUUUUUAAUCAUUUUAAGUGGAUGGAAAUUUAUGCUUUGUACGUGACACUUCAAUAAAGCUAUCCAGAAAAAAAAAAAAAAAAAAAAAGCCUCUCGUGGGAUUGUUUGUGACCGCAUUUAUUCUCUAAUUUUCAAAGAUUAACUUCUUCAUAA